AGGCUCCUCAGUAGGGUUUUUCGUCACAACAGAAAACUAGCGCUGCUCCAUCAUUUCUCUGUCUCCUUACCCACACCACCAAAACAUAACAAAAAUAUUCACAUUUCUUCAUCAAAGCACGUAAUGUCGAUCGAUUCGACGCCGCCAUUAGAGCUGCUCUCCCUAAGCGACACCGUCGAGGAGGCCCAGUUUUCCCGCCGGGUCCUGAUCCACUCUAUUCUAAGCCGGCCCGAUGGCGGGGCGGGACUAGCAGGUCAAGUUGUGAGAAUCGGAGGAUGGGUGAAAACAGGCCGAGAACAGGGGAAAGGUGCCUUCGCGUUUCUGGAACUCAACGACGGCUCUUGUCCGGCGAAUCUGCAGGUCAUAGUGGAGUCCGGCGUGCACAAGCUCGGCGAUUUGGUGCCCACCGGCACGUCCGUGUACGUGGAAGGCGAGCUUAAGAAGCCUCCCGAGGGGACUAAGCAGAAAAUUGAGCUCAAGGUUCUGAAGGUUCUGGAUGUGGGGACUGUUGAUGCGGCCAAGUAUCCUUUGCCGAAGACCAGGCUUACGCUGGAAUUCCUUAGGGAUUUUGUGCAUCUUCGCCCCCGAACCAACACUAUUUCUGCAGUUGCUCGUAUCCGUAAUGAACUGGCUUAUGCCACCCAUACAUUUUUCCACAAGCAUGGAUUUCUCUAUGUCCACACUCCUAUCAUAACCACCAGUGACUGUGAGGGUGCUGGUGAGAUGUUUCAGGUCACAACUUUAAUUAAUGAGGCUGAAAAAUUGGAAAAGGAGCUUAAGGAGAACCCUGCUCCUUUAGAAGCUGACAUAGUAGCUGCUGAGCUCCUCGUUAAGGAGAAGGGAGAAGCCGUUGCUCAACUCAAAUCUGCUAAAGCUAGCAAGGAAGAAAUUAGUGCUGCUGUUGCGGUGCUCACUAAGGCUAAAGAGAAUCUUGUGAAGCUGCAAGAGAGGUUUAGGUUGGGGAACAGAUGUAAGCUUAGUGCUGGCAUACCAAAAAAGGAUGGAAAAAUAGAUUAUUCUGAAGAUUUCUUUGCUCGUCAAGCAUUUCUGACUGUUUCUGGGCAACUUCAGGUUGAGACAUAUGCUUGUGCGCUCAGUAGUGUUUAUACAUUUGGACCAACUUUUCGAGCUGAACAGUCACAUACGUCAAGGCAUCUGGCGGAGUUUUGGAUGGUGGAGCCUGAAAUUGCGUUUGCUGAUCUCCAGGAUGAUAUGAACUGUGCAGAAGCAUAUGUGAAAUUCUUGUGCCAGUGGUUACUUGAUUAUUCCCUCGCUGACAUGGAGUUUAUGGCCGCCCAUAUUGACAAAACUUGCAUCGAUAGACUUAAAAUGGUUGCCUCAAGCAACUUCUACCGGAUAACUUAUACAGAAGCCGUAGCAAUUCUUGAGGAGGUGUCAAAAGCAAGGAAAUUUGAGAAUAAAGUAGAAUGGGGAAUAGAUUUGGCAUCUGAACAUGAGAGAUACUUGACUGAAGAGAAAUUUAAAGCGCCUGUCAUUGUUUACAACUAUCCCAAAGGAAUUAAAGCAUUCUAUAUGAAGCUCAAUGAAGACAAGAAGACUGUUGCAGCAAUGGAUGUCCUUGUACCGAAGGUGGGUGAAUUGGUGGGAGGAAGCCAAAGAGAGGAGAAUUACGAGGUUCUUAGAGCAAGAAUAUUGGAGAUGAAUCUACCACUCGAGCCAUACGAGUGGUACCUUGAUCUCCGACGAUAUGGAACUGUCAAGCACAGUGGGUUUGGUCUAGGCUUUGAGAGGAUGAUUCUUUUUGCUACUGGCAUCGAGAACAUUAGAGAUGUCAUCCCUUUCCCCAGAUAUCCUGGAAGAGCAGAUCUUUAAAAUUAAAAACCUAGAAUAUAGCCUAUGGAUGCUUGAAUUUUCAAGUAGUUUAUUGACCUUAAAAUUUUUAUGAAAUCAAAUGCUUACACAUACUCAAAAGUGUGUCGAAUACAGUAUCACGAUUUUUUGGGCUCCGGCAUGUGCGUAUGAACGAGGUUUUUGUUAUUGUAACCAAGCAGUAUUUCUAUAUUUUGAUUUGCUUUUGCAUUCA